GUGUACGUCACGGCGAUCAGCUGUUGGGGCUCCACAACAACAACAAAAGAAGGAGCAGUCUGGGGCCGAGGAGGAAACGGACUGAAGGAAAAAGCUGCAGCGCACUGUGUCUCCCGAUGUACAGUCCCUGAAUUAACCUUUUUUAUAUUUUAUUUCUUCCGCGAAGAAACCUCACGUUUUUCUAUUUUUCGAAAAGUAACGCGUCUACCUCAGUUUUCAGGAUUUUGAUCACGGUUUGAAACUGGUUUACAUCUUCUGCCUCUGCCGCAGGGCUUUUUUCUACUUUUGUACGUGUUGAAUUGAUCCUGACGUUGAGCGAUGUCCAGCCUGAGUCUGCUGGCCCUCAGAUGAUCCAUGACCACACCUUAUUGAUGCACUUUAUCACCUUUCCGGAGCCUUCCUCUUGCCGUGAACCCCGCAGCUGAUGACCAAAGUGCCCGCCACGCUUCCCCGCCGUCGCCCCGUGCCGCGCGCCUCCUCCAGCCUCCCUCAGCCUCACGCCCUCGCAGGACGUCCAGGGAUGUUUCAGAGGUUCGCCAGCGCUCUGUUUGGGGACGACGUGGAGGAGCUGAGUCAAUGCAGCCGACCUGGAGACAGCAAAGAGGAGGAGGAGGAGGACGAAGACUGGAUCUUGGUCAACUACCUGGCUGAAGCCUGCUCCAGUCAGUGUGGUGAUGGCCUCUCUGGAUCCACUGCCGGUCACGAAGAGGAGGAGGAGGAGGAGGAAGACCUGGUGAUGGUCCCCUCCCCAGUGGCCAGCCCCCCCGUCCGCUACGCCUCCUGCACCUCCCUCAACUCCACGGCCGACACCGACCCGGACGGCGGCGCGGAGGAGGAGGACGAGGAGGAGGAGGAGAGCGGGUUCCUGCGCCUGGACGCCUGCUCUCUGGAGGAGAGCUGGUUUGUCACGCCCCCGCCCUGCUUCACCGGCCGCAGCAGCCAGCCCGUCCUCCUGGAAACCAGCCCUUUGGAGAACCUGCUGAUCGAGCACCCCAGCAUGUCCGUCUACGCCCACCACAGCCCCCCUCGUCUGACCCUUGACCCCUUGCAACGCUCUCUGGACCGGGAGCUGGACUUUUUGUCCAGUAACAUGUCCGGCACCCCGACAGCCUCAGGAGGGAAGGAGAAGGCGAGACGCACGCUGGAUGGCCCCCGCCACAGGCCAGAGGUGGCAGUCGUCCAGCGUCGCUCCGGCCUCCACUCCUCCUGCUACGCUGCAGCACUCUCCGCCCGCUCCGGCCUCCUGCAACAGCGGUCGGGUAACGCCACCCAACACACCCAACCUCUGUCCCGCAACGCCCUGCGACGCCUCAACCUGCUGCGCCCCCCGAAGGCCAACACCAUGCACCUGCACCAGCCCAGCCAGAGACACCUCAACUUCUGAGGCCAUGGCAACCUUCUUCAUCAUCAUCAUCAUCCUCAUCAUCAUCAACCUUGAUCCUCUAAGCAGUAUGGGAAUCUAACUCUGGACACACACACACACACACCUCUGUCUUUUUUUCUUUUCUCAUGAAGAAAUCAACACCAGCAUCGAGUCCAUCACCUACACACCUGAUCUGUUCUGACUUCUGAUUGGACGGUGAAACAGGGAAAAUGGCUGGUGAUUUCUCUCACUUUAUCAGCUCAUGUGACCAGUUGCCUCCUCCUCCCCCUCUUCAUCCAUCCGUCCUCCUCCACACUGAUGCUGAGAAGAAGGGAUGUGAAAAGAAAAGGUCGACCCUCUCCUCCUGUGUUGUGUUCUCUCUCUCUGUUGGACCAGUUUCUGUCCAAUCACGGAGAGGAUGAGUUGUCACGGUGAUGUCCUCAUCUUCUCUUUCUUUUUUUCUUCUUAUUCUUGUUCUUUAUGGACGACUUAAUGUGUAGAAUCAAUGCUGUAGGUCACUUUACUCAGUGGCAGGUUCACAGCAGGUGGCAGGACGGUCAGCCGAGGUCGUUGCAAGGUCUCACACACUGGCAACUUUUUGGGCAACUUGACAGGAAACGGGAGACAUUUCAGAGCAGCAGCAUGUGUGUUCCCAGUUAAUCAGUGCAGGAUUCGUGUGUUAAGGCUUUGAGGAAAAGUUGCCCAAAGUUUUGCUCAAAAAGUUGCCAGAGUCCGUGUGUGACGAACGCAGCGGACACUUGAGGUGUUGUGGUGCUCAUCAGUAUCCGACAGGUGUGUUUCUGUAACCUGAGCCCUGUUCACUUUAAACCAGCUGGUGUUGUCUGAAGUCGACGAGUCACAAGGAAAAAUCCCCUCAAAUAAUCCGACGCUGUUACAGUCGCUGCUGCUUCGUCUGUUUCUAACACGAGAGAACGGAACAGCUGAAAGCACAGAGCGCAGUUCGGUCCAUUAAAGGGACAUUCCACAGAUUAUACAUGUCAAAGUCAGUUUGCUCAUCAUGAACAGCUGUAUAACAUCUGCUGUGGCUUUAUCAAGUCUGAGAAAAUAAGCUUAAAGUGGAGAGACUACACGUUCAUAACAGAAAGUCUGUUACAGACUCUAUGUGAAGAGUGAAAGAUGCUGAUUGCAUUAUGGGAAAUGUAGGAUCCAGUGUUUAACCCAUACUAGGACAGUCAGGAUGUCUCCGCCUCAGCUGCUUUGACGGUUCACCACUUUUUUUUUUUUAUCUGUCCAAACAACCAGUCUGAAAAACACUGUCCAGUUAUUACAUUUAACAUUUGGAAAAACACAACAUUCUGAGCCCGUGUUGCCUCAAGUACAACACUGAAUCAGCAGCACCCAUUAAACAUAUAACGGAUCCUUUCACAGGAAACACAGGAAGUAAUUUCAUGUUUCGCCCUAAAGGCAACUUGCACCAACAAAUUUCAAAAAGACCCAUUUGCCCCAUUUUAACUUCAGCAUGUUCACGACCCAGGCACGAACAUGCUGCUUUCGCAGGUUUUCCUGUGAAACUGGGGUAGUGACUGAAAACUGAGAGACAGAACAGAGAGUUUUAUGAGCCCAAACCUUUCCUGUAGCUGCUUUGCCUUUGACUCUGUUUUCAGCUCUGCUGCAGAUGUAGACGCUGAGUUUUAGUUUUUCUGUGUUUCUUCCUCUGUGAUCGUUGAUGUCGGUCGUAGAGAGGAGCCCUCCCUUCCCAAAUCGGGGGGAAUUGACUUCAUUGACUCAUGUUGUCUAUAGAACAAAGAAAACACAUCAGUAAUAAAUGCAAACACAAAACACAUCACCACUUCCUGUUGUAGAGCAUUUGAGGGCAUUUUUCCUAAAUUUCCUGCCUUAAAAUUUCAAAAAUUCACUGAUCUUGCCUCUCGUCAGUCCAGCGGUGUUGUCCUGUUGUUAAACGCGGCGUCUCCUUGUUGGCGGUCCUGCGGCGCCGGCUGAACCUGCCUCUGACUUUGUAAUUCAGUACUUUUCACAAUAUUUUUUUGGAAAAAGAAAAAAAAAAAAGAUGGUAAAAAUUACUGGGUUAAAUAUCACUAAACGCCUUGUUUUAACGGUAGCUUUGAGAUGAAUACAAAUGUAAAAAUGUAUUUAAAAAAAAAAACUUCCAAAAUAUUUUUUGAAAAGAAAAAAACAAAUUACAUAUCAGUAUGAAGUUGGUAUAUAUGCGUCUAUGGUUUCUUGCUUAGGUAUGUUUGGUUAUGUUAGUGUGCAAUCUGUUGCAUGGUUGUAGAGUUGUGUUAAUGUCACGAUGGUGGAAAAAAAGAAAAUGGAAAAAGAUUAUUUUUCUUUUAGUGAUUUUGUUUGUUUGUUCUUAAAUGAAUCUGCAGUCCACUUCUCAGGGUCACAACUAAUCACCUUUACACUUUAGGAAAAUGCAGAUUUACUUGACGGCUGAUGAUUCUUUGUGCGUGCUCAGACUUUUCCAGCUCUGUCUUAGCGAGUUUUCCCUCGUGAAAAUGUUUGUGAGAAAUAAUUGACUUUUAGUUUUAGUGUCUCAGAAACUUAUCCUGGUCCCAGGACUGUGAAAACUCUCAGUCGACUGUUGGAAAUCCAUCAAGAUGGAGAGAAAAUUGUUGGUCUUUUUCUGUGUUGUUUAUAUUUUUUGCUAACGUGUACCUAACAUGGUUUUAGAAAUGUACUUUAUGCUUUUUAACGAUUCUGUUUUCCAUGUUAACUUAGUUACAUUUUGUUAAACUUAAAAAUAUUUAAACCAAAAAAGUAGCAGUGACCUUUAACUUUUCACUAGUUUAUAAUAUUGAUGUUUUUUUUUUUUAAGUUGUUGAACUUGUAGUUGUGAGCAGCUCUCGUCUCGGCGCUCUGAAAUGGUGGACUGUUCUUUAUAUGUCCACUGUAGGGAAAGUGGAGCUCGGGCCGAGUCACCACACUGCAGGAGAAAGGAAAAGAUCCGACUCACAGAGUGACGGGAUCUACUGCACCACAGCACAUCUGCGUUCAGAAAAAAGAAAAGACGAAACGUUAGGAACGACAAAAAUAUUAUUACACAAAGACUGAGACAGAAUUCUGGCUUUUUAAGUCUCGUUGAUGAGACGCUGAGUCACAGUUAAUAAGACAAUAAGACAAAAUGAUGACGUUUCUCCUGAUAAUUGUGACAUAAAAGGUCAAACAUUUGAUUCACUCUCUUUUAAACCUUUGACUUAUCAUGUCAAACUACAUAUAUGUAUACAUACAUGCAUGUUUCAAAUGUUUGACAGAAGAUAUAUUCAUCUAAAAUUUUCUUAUUAAGUCAAAUAGUUUUUAAGCUAAGAAGUCAUUUUAUGACUUAAUUAUCUCAAAUUGUAGACAUUUUCUCCUAAUUUUGUGUUAAUGGAGUGUUUUUUCUUUUUUUAUGAUUCCUGACUUUCAUUUAUUUCAUUUCUUUUCUUGGCAGAAAUGGGCUUCAGCACUGAGUCUCACAUUGAAACCUAAAAUCUCAGUUUUCUGAAGAUCGUUCUUGAUUGAUGCUGAAACAGGGGACAGUCUCCAACCUAUCAGUUCUGCUGAGCUACUCAAACAUUAAACACUUUGAUUUUAAAGCUGAAGUUUAGGGAACAGACCCCGCUGUGUGAACACAGAGUGAAAACAAGAGUUUAAGGCUGGAAGCUGAAUCUCCAGCCUGACGUCAGUUUGUGUCUGUGGUCGUGUUGAUGGGACGGUAGCAUUAAUAAGGAAGAACUAACUAACACGCGUUUGUUAGGCGUCUGUGUGGUUCGCUGUAAAUAAUUAUACUCAUAGUGGAGUGGCUCUUUCUCUGGUGUAUUUAAGCUUUUCUUUUAUUUCUCGAAUGUCUCUCUCUCUCUCUACUGUCGAGCUUUGCAAUCAUGGACAAUGUUAUUUAGUGUUACUACGGCGUUUUUGAAAAAGACAAACUUAAAGACAGAAGGGAUCGGAGGAGACGGUGAUCUGUCUCCUCCCGCUGUCAGGAGCCUUUAAUGUUUUAUUUUUAGUGUUAGUUUCUGUUCUCAUCUCUCCAUCAUCAAACUAACAGGGAUUUGUAAUGUUUUUUUUUCAAUGCCUUGAAAUUUGUGGAUCACGUGCCUUCCAGGUUGAAAUGUUGUAAUGACAAUGCAUCAAUGAAGAACUUGAACUCUCUUUUUUUUUUAAUGUCCUGAGUGGACGAAAUAAAUGAAAACACACAAACAGACAUCGGAACCCAACUAUGCACCACUCGGAGGAAGCUUGUUUGCUCUCGCCGCCACCACCCGCCCAGCCCGUGUACAGCUUUUAUAAUGACUCAACAAACCAGACAGAAUGAUGUAGCAAAAUCUCCUUUCUCCUCUUUUUGUUUAUUUUUUUAAAAAAGUGUGAAGAAUAUUUUGUGGCAUUUUUAUUUUUCACCAAGUGUUAGACAUUUGUGCUUUUUUUUGUGUAGUUUACUGGAAUAAUACAGCACUUUGCCAAAAAGAAAAAAAAGGUGUAGGAAUUUUAGGGUUAACUCUUUAUUUAUCGACAGAACUGUCUCCUUCUUUGUGUUUUGGAUGUAUGAAUGAUCAAUUCUCUCUGUUCUGAUGUCAGAAACAAAACAAAUGCUAAUUAAAACAGUGGGGUCAUCUGUUUUCGAACUGUAAUAGUUAAUACAUGUGAUCUCUUAUUAGCCUAUAAUAAAUGUUUUCAUACGCA